CAUUCUGCUCCAUUGCUCAUCUCCUCUAAACCCACGACUCCUUCAUCAGCAACAAAAGAAUUUUCACAAUUUUGAUUGCUAAACUUCAAGGAAUUUGGGGGUUUUUUGCUCGUCACUUUCAAUAAUUUCAUGUAUCAACUUACAAUGUGCUGUACAAUAUUGUUGCUAGGUAUAUAUCUAUCGUUUUUAGUACCCUAAUAUCUCACAAUUCUCUAAAUUUCGUUUAUAUUGGGCUUAUUCUUUGCAUGUCUUCGAUUUUGAGUUGGUGUAGAACAAGAAUCGAUCUCUUAUUGCGAGCCUUGUUCAGUAUCUUGAAAUGCACAGAUUGUUUGAUCUUACUGUACUUUUGCGACAAAAGAAGACAAGGCAAUGGAGAAGCUCUCGGCCUCAAGGAAGUCGGCUGGCUGCUCGAUACAGAUCAAAUGUCCUAAACAGGGCAGAGGCAACCACCCACAUCAAGGUGGAUGAGCAGAAAACUGGCGGCACCCCCAAGGGUGCCCCUACCAAAUCUUCCUCAAAACCAUCCGACCCUAAAAUCCAAAAGACAAGGGCGGGUGAUGUGAGCGCAUCCGGCAAGGGCGGCCAGAAGCACAUUGCUCAGAAGCCCAAGAGAGGCCUAGACGCCUCUUCUCUCGAAGCUGAUUAGGGGAUCAGCAAGCCGGAUGUCCAGAGGACAUCGAAGGGUGGCUUCAAGCAACCCACCACUGCUGUCGGCUCAGCAGGAGAGAGGAGGAACCACAGGACGACGAUAAAAACCAUUCGCCUUUUUUGUUCUUCCAUUUAGAUAUAUUUGUGUUAUUUUCUAACUUUCUUUCCUUCUCAGUCCUUGUGCAGAGGCCGACUGUAAUCCAGAUGCCCAAGUCCAUGCUGAGGGCGGUUGAUCCUGACGACAAAGCGUCUGUCAGAGGGGUCGACACUCUGGACUUGGAUGGCAUCUUGGGGAACCUCUGCGAGGCCAUGCUGCGCGUCCAAGGGCUCAGGCAACCCCUCAAGGACAAGUCCAAAGAGGUAACAGCCGCUAAAGCUCGGGUCGAUUCCGCCUUGGAUCGAGCUCAAUUUGAUAUUGCUCAAAAUGAGCUUCUGACGCUUGAUAUGAUGUAUUCGCAGGCGGAAGCUAAUAUGCAGGUGAAGAAGGAUCUGGACUCGGCCCGCCUGCACAUCACUUCCCUUAAGCAAGAAAUCACAAGUCUUAAGGAGAAGCUCGAGCCUCUUCAGGAUGCCAAGGAAGAGGCCGAGAGAGCCAAACAGAGGGUGGGCCGCCUGGAGCAGCGCCUCACCAACCAGGAGCAUCAGCUGAAGACCAAGUUUGAGUCCGUAGCUGAAAAAGGGAGAGAAGCUCUUGUUAAGCAAAUGAUGAGCGACUAUGAUGCCAUCAUGCGGGACACUUGGGCGGCUGUGCAGCCAGACUCAGACUAUCAGACUUGGAAAUCCAAGUUUGAUGAAGCCAGCAAAGCAUUCGACGCUCGCCUUCUUGACGAGGCUGAGAAUGAAGCUAGGGCUGCUGCUGAGGCCGAGGAAAGCUCUGGGUCCGACUCUUCUGGGGAGUCGUCCUCUGGUGGAGAGGAGGAAGAUCAGGUGGAGGAACGAGAGAAAAAUGAUGAAGAGCAGCCGAAGGGCAACAGGCCGGCUGCCAAUGAAGAGACUCUCCCCUGAUCACUUAAGCUUUUUAUUUUUUCUGCGGUCGAAUGGCCAUGUACUUGCUUUUCCGGCCUGCAUGUCGAGUAUUGAUGUUUCUUUACCGACCGAGGGGUCGGGUACUUUGACAAUUUCUCUGGCUUUUCCAGUAAACAAUCUUAACUAGUCGUCUGAUGGCGAUUGGUCUUUUUAAUUUAAAUCAUUCGGCCAUUUGGCUGAGGUUAUUCAUAUUGUUGUCCUUUGCAUUUUGAAUUUUUCAUUUCAUGUUUUUGGCUAAGUAUUAUAACCUGUAUACCAUGCGAAUGUUCUUGCCCCU